ACUUAUUCUCGUUUCAUUUCGGUGCACUGCACGUCCCACCCAGUCGGAGUAUGAACCACUUCCCCUCCCUUUCCAGAUCUCAUCUCCGUUAGGGUCUCCUCGCUUCCGAUCUUAAUCCGCUCUCGUCGAUUCCUGGAGAUCUGAUCACCUAGAACUCGAGAUCUAGUUCGCCUAGUCGCCUUUGCUACGGAAUUGGUAACUUCUUUUCUUUUCUUCCUCCUCGGAUCGUGUUCUGGUCGCUGCUGGGUCGAAGAUGAUGUCGGAGGAGCCGGUGCCGUCGAGGUACGUGAAGCUCACCAAGGAGCAGGAUGCGCCGUUGGAGGAGAUCCGCCCUGGGGAGCUCAAUCAGCCAGUUCAUGUUCCCCAGUUGGAGGUUCGUAGAUGCGCCGAGUGCGGGCAACCCCUGCCGGAAAGCUAUCAACCACCUGGUGAUGAAGCUUGGACCACUGGAAUCUGUGGUUGUUCUGAGGACCCUGAGAGCUGUUGGACUGGUUUGUUCUGUCCUUGUGUGUUGUUUGGGCGCAAUGUGGAGAGGCUUAGAGAAGAUACACCAUGGACAACUCCUUGUAUUUGUCAUGCUCUCUGUGUGGAAGGUGGUGUAGCACUUGCAGUUGCUACAGCAGUAUUCCAUGGUAUUGACCCAAGAACAUCGUUUUUGAUUGGAGAAGGAUUAGUCUUUGCUUGGUGGAUGUGUGGUAUCUACACUGGUAUAUUUAGGCAAUCACUACAAAAGAAAUAUCAUCUCAAGAACUCCCCAUGUGACCCUUGCAUGGCCCAUUGCUGCAUGCACUGGUGUGCCAUCUGCCAGGAGCACCGGGAAAUGAAGGGUCGGUUAUCUGAUAAUCUUGUAAUGCCGAUGACCGUUGUCAACCCACCACCUGUGCAGGAAAUGAGCAACCGUAAUUCAGAAGUCCCUGAGACUCCUCCCCAACAGACCCAGCACAUUGAAUUGGAGACACAAGCAUUAUAGUUUAAUUGAAAUCCAUCAUACAUGUUCAAGUACAUGAGGCAGCAGAAAAAAAGCUAAGUGAUCAAUCUUCUCUUAUGGUUAUAUUCUUAUUAAACUUGAUGGCAUCUCGAUGACUAUUGUCGAGCUUUUUGGCACCCCAAGAACACCUUUUUUUUUAUGUUACUUAUUUUGAUGCUUGCAGCUUAUAUAAGGGGCAAACCAUGAUUGUUAGUUUUGUAAUCAUUUUGGCGAUUGUCCAUGGGCUACUUGUCAUUAUUGCAAUCCAUGAUUAUUAGCUUUGUAACCAAAUUCUCCAUUUUUCAUCAUGUCAUUGCAACAGUGGUUCAAAUUGAUGCUAAGACUUCCUCAUA